AAACAAUAUGGCAAACAGUAUUUAUCAUCGCCAUCGGCCUCGCGCGUCGUCGGCGUUGGUCGCCGUGGUCUUGUUUCCGUCAUCGCGUCCACCUCGUCGCCGCUGCGCUAACAUCAUCGCAGAACAACAAAUGACCGGUAUGGUGCUGUAACGACGAGACAGACUCGCAGCGCUUACGCAAGGGUGACCAAAUACCAGUGAGCGAUUCGUCGGACCAAGCGCCUGUUGGCCCGUGAACGUGGGCUGCGGACGCGAUGCCGCGACCGUGCGAGGUGAAGGGCUGCGAAGCUUCGUGUCUUUCGCGCAGGGUGACGCACCGGCUGCCUUCGAAAGAGCCGUACCGGACACUUUGGCUCCAGGCGAUCGGACGCACCGAGGAGGGCCUGAGCAAGACCGCUUCCAUCUGCUCGGACCAUUUCGAGCCGAGUUCGUACGCCGUCAAGUGCAACCGUGGCGCCCGUCUCAAGUACGACGCCGUGCCCACCCUUUUCCUAACCGAGGCCGAGACUGUUCAGCGAGCUGCCGAACUCAACUCUCGACAGAUAGCGCCGUCGACCAAUAAACUCCGACCGCUGGCAAUGAAGCCGAGCGAACUGAUCUUUCGGCCGACUACCCAUAAACUUCAACCGCUGGCAAUGAGACCUACCGGAGCGCCCAACGCCGUGGUGCCCGCCGAACUGGUGCCAAUCACGCUGGUGCCUAGCGUGGCCGUCAGAGUGGUGCGCGCGAUACCUGCGAACUUAUUGGUGCUACCUGCGACGCCCGCCAAUCCGGAACGCCUUCAGAAACAGCCGAUUCCCUGUAUCACAAAGCCGGUUCCUCGUGUCACGAAGCGGGUUCCUCGUAUCAAAGAUCACUUUGAAAUGAUGAAGAAGAAAAUCGGCUGGAAACUGAAGCUAAACAGAAAAAGCGAAUACAGCCAGAUUACCAGCAGUACAACUGAGUAUCCCGAGGAGCCAAGGCAUGAUCCACAGGGUGCAGUGCCCACAUUGACAACAGCACUAAACGAGAACCAGUCCAGUGCAUACGAGACGAAUAUGGCAGAAAAAGAAACGGAAUGCCCAACCAUCGAGACCAGUCGCGUGCAGAUUACCCCUUGCAUUGAAACUCAUGCUACUGUUACAAGACAAACCGAGGGUCAAGAGCAUUCAAAAAACGACAGUUCACCAAAAGCAUUGCCAGUUUCUUCCAAGCACAAGAAAGGCGGUCGAUCCAAAACGCGGAAGAGAAGAGCCGAUUUCGUGGACGAUUCGGCGUCUGAUACAAAUCUUGAUGACGACACAUCUGAAGAUGACCUCCCAAGCCCCUCAUCCAAGUGGAUCACGAAAAAUGACUGCUUCCUUGCCCGGUGCCUGGGAAAGUCAAAAGCUUGCAAAUCGGACUAUGACUGGAUUCAAAAGCAGUUUGCCGAGAUCCAGGAGGAAACGUCAAGACUCAAAAACUCGACAAGUAUAAGAGAUCAUCGCUCUCUGCACUGACAGAAGACUCUAGAUUUUACCGGAAGCUGCAUAGGCAGUUAGAACUCUUUUAAAACAGACAACUGUUUUACAGUGAUGUCACAUUAAUAUUGGAACCUCCGUUCACCUAAAAAAGUGUCCAUAAUGUGUUGUUCAUGAUACUAAGACAAAAAUGUGUGUAAUUACCUGGUUUGUCCCAAAAAUACUUACUAUAUAGCUGGGUAUUCAUAAUAACGGUAUCCAUAUUAAUGAGACAUCGCUGCAAGUAAUGCAUGCAAAAUAACUGCUUUUACCCUAGGAGAUGCUUUUUUGGCAAAUUUCUAUGUAAUACAUAUGAAUAGGCUUCUUGUUACUAUCCAGUCAUAAUGUUGUGUCUGGCAGACCACUGUGGAGACUUGGUUUAUGUAUUUUACUGCGAGGCACUUCAUGUGGUUUAUGGUAUAAUUUCUUUGAUAUAACCGUAAAAUACCGAGCAUGUGCCAUGUUCCCAUAGGUGCCCACCCACUACUUUUAAAAGUUUGAAAACUAAGCAAAGGGCAUGUCAACCACCCACCCCAGUCUUCCGGGCCCUCCUAGCAAUCAGGAAAACUCGUCAGCAGCCUCUCCAAGCACUUUGUUGCAGAGUGGUGAAGCAGACUCUAUGUGCCCUUCUGCAUUUUUAUUCUUAAACCUAACAGUGCCUAUCCCCCACUUCUCAAGAUUAUCUCCAAUUUUGGGUAAGUGCUUGCUCAGUAUUUUAUGGUAAGUCAUUUUGCUGCUUGUUUAUGAAGGUAACCGGACAAAAGCUCACCGGACAGAAGCUCACCUGUUUUUUCACAGACCUGGACAAAACCUCACCUCUUUUUCUCUUUUUUGCUACGCGGGCAAAACAUGGGCUGGGAUAAAAUGCGGACGCGAUGGACAUUGCACCAUUUUCAGGAGAACUGGCAUCCCAUCCCAUGGAAAGGUGUCGACAGAUAAGCCAUAACAGGCAGAGAAGCAAAGAUUAGGGACCAAAAUUUAGGUUACUGAAACUGAGUGGAGCUAAGAUAAAGCUUGCUUGACUCAAGGUAAACCGAAGCACCCUUGUGCCACGCCCAAGAAACUUUGUGAACCAAAACUUUUGAACCCGAAGAGUGACCGAAGAAGCGUUCGGUGGCCUCCUUGGGGUUCAGGGUAACAUUUGAAGUGAAUGGCUAGGAAAAUUAAAUUCUUUCCAUCAUUGAGUGUCAUAAAUGUAUUUAAAAUCAAGGGUUAUCUCAGGGUGAUGUGAAAGGGAAACAAGCAAAACUGUAAUAUAUAAACUAUCGAGUUGCGAUUUGUUUUAUAUCUUGAAGGAACGGGAUUUGGGCCCUUUGGGCAAGUGCAAGACAGAUGAUCAAUUUAGGAAGCUGUGCGGGAUUUUGGUUAGGCUGGCGUUCCUUCCACCACAGCUUGUGCCCGAAAGACUAACCUACAUCAGGAAAAAGUCUACAGGCGACAUCGGCGACCUGCUGGACUACUUUGAUUGCACGUAUGUCAACGGCCCCUUCCGUUAUGCUUGUGCUCCUUCUGUGGCGGCACCCAGAGCGAACUCUUCCCUUUGCCCGACUGUGUGCUGACGAUGACUGGAGUUUCCCCCAGAACUGUGGAAUAUGUACGACGCCACUCUUCAAGAUAAAGACCGGACGAACAACACCUUCAAAGGAUAGAAUACCGGGACCCAGAAGUUUGCCGGCCACGUCUAUCCAAGCGUCUGGGGGCUGAUUGAAUGCCUACAGGAAAAUCAGGCGCUCGUUUCCACAGCAUUGACACAAGCCCGGAGAGGUGAACCCCCAGAGAAGCGGGUGCGAAAAACCACUCUGCACCUGCACAAUCGUCUGAAAAAUAUUUUCGAGGGGUUCCGGGUACACCCAGAUCUACCAAGACUGCUGGAGCUAGUAAGGGACUGCAUUCGCUUCUAAUCAAUCGAUAAAUCAACUUGUUUCUACUCUAAUCAGCAAACUAUAUGUGCCUGUCAGAUUUAAUUUAUCGUUACAUUUUAGUGUUGCACGCAUGCACCUAAGUUGUCCGCCCUCGUGUUAAGAUUAACAUGAAAGUUUCUCCUGGUGAGCUUUUGUCCGGGUCUGUGAAAAAAUGGGCGAGCUUUUUUCUGUGCUGCGAGUUUUUUCCGGGAUUUGUUUAUGAAGAGGUUUUGACUUCAGGCCAAGGCAAGGCAAAUCUUGUGAAGAGUUCAGCAUGACAUCAUACAAACGGAAAGCCACUAUGCAUGAAAGGAGAGCAAAAGUGUCUUCAUGGGUGAAUGUCAGCAUAAGCAUGCCUCGAAAAUGUCAAACUUUUAUUCAUUGCCCACCUGUCAUACUUGACAUUUUAUCAGAACAGAGUUUUAAUACAAAAGGUAAAAUUUUGAACACUGCCAUUUGUGGACCAGUAUUGUUGCCAUCAUGGCUUUUUAAUUAUUUUUUCUCUAAGGCAGUCUUUUUACUUAACUUGUAUGGGGAUAGUUGAGCAAAGACUAAGUUUUAAAUAUAGUAGGUUAGUGGAAUUUGUGCAUAUUUGCCAUUUUAUACGAAAGUCAGCUAUACAAAAUUACAACAUUUUCAGAAGUUAUUUUCAGUUAACACAAGCUUGCUAGUUCUGUAGACCUAGCAACAUGCUGUACCAUGAUAAAGCUUUGUGUUACCCCAAGACAUGGCAUCCAAGUGUGGGACUAUAAUAAGUAAUAACGCUCAAAUGGAUCAUAUCCACAGAUUUAUUCUAAUCAGCUUUUGGUUCAUGCAAAAGCCACCAAAAAUAGAUGCUGCAUGCUGAUAAACUUAUAGUUUUGACCCUUAUCCUAAGGAUUAAGUAACAAUUUACACCAAGCAUAACUUAACUUCAGUAAGAAGGGUUUGAAACACUGCUUCAAUGAGUAGUUCAUACGGCAAAUCAAACAACCUAAACUUGCCAAAUAUUGUCUACCAUAUUUGACCCGAGAAUAGAAACAAAAUAAAAAAAUCAACAAGCACACAAUUUAUUUAUGUGUGUGUGUGCUUUGUCCAUUUUUUUUUAUAUUAGUUCCUAAUCCUGGGUGAAUAAUGGAAGUCGUGCAGCAGCUGGCCUGUGUUUUUAUCCUUUCCUCAUUGAAUAUUCUGCUUGUUUUCUCGACUUCUGAGCCCAUGCCGGCAAGUUCAUUUCUAGGUACAAAAUUGUAAAUAAAUAUUUACUUGUCACUUUCA